AUGCCGUCCUACUCAAGUCCUCUACCAACCCCGACGAUCGACCCAAACGACAACUGGGAAGCAGACGACGAAGCCUCAGACGCUGGAGAAAUUAAUUCCUUUGACCUCGUCCACCUAUCCACAUCUCUAUCCUCCCUCCCAGAACCACAAGCCAUUUUUAACUUUCACAUCUGCCGCGACUCCCAGCCAUUCCUAGGUGCAACAGGUAAGUCUGAGGGGUGGAAUAACACAUCCUACCUUCUAUGGCAAAUGAGUGCAACCCUGGCAGACGCCGGAACUGAUCUAGAAUGGACCCGGAAAUUCCAAAAAUGGCGACCUAGGUGGAAUGGAAUCCAGGAGCACGUUAAGGCGUAUGGAUAUACCCAUUUUUCAUCGGAGAUUCCUCCUGCUCCAGUGGGCCUCGCUUUGAUUAGGUUUGAUGGUGAGAGAAGCUUUGAGAUUGACCAGGAUGGAUCUGGUGGGGAGGAUCAGUUGGAUGUUUGGGCGCUUUGGAGGUUUGUUGUUGAGUUACCUGUUGGAAAUCCGGGGUUUAUUGAAGUUUUGCUUAUGGAUACUGUUUAA